AUGCUUGUCGCGCCAGGAAGCAGAAGUGUGAUGGACAAAGGUUCGUCGAACAGCGAAGGCUUCCGUCCUUGGCUGUACAAAGCGAUGCGCUUGAGAGCUGACAACGAUCUCCGGUCUCAGACCUACCUGCAGCAGAUGCCGAAGUCUUUCGCAGACAUAGGUCCUGCCAAGGGCUACAUUGAAGCGCUUGAAACAAGGCUGAAGGAGACAGAGCGCUUGCUAUGGAGAAUGCUGUCAGCUGCCAGUGCAAAUGUUGAGAUAUUGGCAGAAUCAUUCAAUGCAGAACUCGAUCACCGAAUUCCGGCAAGCCUCUGCGUCAGCACCUUAAGUACGACAGACGAGAAAAAGUCUGCCAUCGCCUACUGGGAACAAUACCCUCUGCAAACUCCGGAAGACGUGAUCUUGUGGAAGCAAGAUUUGGAUUCCCAGUCCGGAAUGGCAGCCCUGGGCUCGCGUAACGUGGUAGAUAAUAGCUUGUUCGAGCGGUUAGAGGUAGCCUCUCCGAGUGAUCCGAGUCCGUUCGAGGGAAGCUUUCCAAGUGCCGACCCAUCACCAGUUCAAGAUAUAGCCCACGAAGCUGGAGAAGAUGUCGCGAGCCAAGGUGGUGUACCAUUUACUCCAGAACCCCGGUCGUUCCAUCCCUCUGCACCUUCACAGACUUCACAAAAUGUCGGAGACGCAUUACGUCAGCCUUCAACGAGAUCGCAUCGGAGCAGCACUGCCGCGAAAUUUGGCUUGUCCCAAGAAUUUGAAGAUACAUUUCUGUGGUAA